ACUGUGUGUGGCUUGUUGGUAUCCGUCGUGCGGACGUGAAUGCGAUCGGUGGGAGAGCUCUGUGUGAGUGUAGGUGCGCGCUUGCCCGUGGAGGGAGACUGUGUCACCUAAGGCUGUGUGUGCCCCUCUCUGCUGUGGAUGUGUGUCUGGGCUGGCUGGCUCGGACAAAGUGUGUUUUUGAGGGGCACGGGCACACCUGUCUGCCCUGAUGUUUAAGUGUGUGUUUGGUGUGACCUGCCCUUUUCCCCCUCCCGGGCUGUCAGGGAUUAGGUGCUGCCCCACCCUACAGUGGAGGUCCCUCAGUGUUGCCUGCCAAUUCCCUUGUUCGUCUAUAGACUCAGAUACCGCCCCACGGGGCUCUGAGGCAUGGAUAGGGCCCAAUAAGCCUGGGGUGCUGAUACAGCCCCCGGAGAACACUCCCUGUGUCUCUGAGUCCCAGGCACAAGCAUCUACACAGCCAGGGAUCCCCUUGCUUGACUCAGAAAAACCUGUGAAGUAAGGAGUGUCGUCCUAGCCUCAUCCCUAGGGAGAUUUCUGAGGCCCCCAAGGUAGUACUUAAGCCAUCUUCAUCUAUGAAUAAUAGUAAUAAUAAUAAUAAUAAUAAUACUGUAGUGACUACUUCCUGAUACCUAUUGUGUAACAGGGCCAUACUACCCUAUUUGUGUUUUAAUUUCUUCCCACAAAAAUCCUAUGAGCCUUGCAGUCUGUGAGGCAACUGAGGUGCAGGAAGGUUGAAGACCUUGCCCAGGGCUACCCAGCCGGGAAGGGUCGGGGAAUAUUUGAUGAGUGCCACCCCCAGCUGCAUUCUUACCAAGACAGGAUUACGGCCUUUUACUCAAGCAACACAGCUGCAAGGCUGGUGACUUCCUCUGCCUUCAAAUGAAUGAACUCUUGGGGCCUGUGAGAGACCUCCCCGCCCUGUCUCACUUCUCACCUCAUGAUGCAACUGAGCUGACAGCGGAUGCGAGCCACUCCUCUGGCAGCUCCUACGGGUAGUCCCUCCAGGAAGAAGCAGUUGAAGUUGGAUGAUGACCUAGACACGGAGUGUCCCUCCCAGAAGCAAGCUCGAAGUGGACCUCAGCCCAGGCUGCCCCCCUGCCCUCUGCCCCUGAGCCCACCCCCUGCUCCAGUCCGUGCCCCUGCUGUGACCACUGCCUCCCGGCUUGGGCCCUAUGUCCUCCUGGAACCGGAGGAGGGUGGCCGGGCCUACCGGGCCCUGCACUGCCCCACAGGCACCGAAUACACCUGCCAGGUGUACCCAGUCUGCGAGAGCCUGAAGGUGCUAGAGCCCUACUCGCGGCUGCCUGCCCACAAGCACGUGGCGCGGCCCGCGGAGGUCCUGGCGGGCGCACACCACCUUUACGCCCUCUUCCCGCGGCCCCGUGGGGACAUGCACAGCCUGGUGCGCCGCCGCCGCCGCCUGCCCGAGCCCGAGGCCGCCAGGCUCUUUUGCCAGAUGGCCGCCGCCGUGGCGCACUGUCACCAGCACGGUCUGGUCCUGCGAGACCUCAAGCUGCGACGCUUUGUCUUCACCGACUGUGAGAGGACCAAGCUGGUGCUGGAGAACCUGGAGGACGCCUGCGUGCUGACUGGGCCGGACGACUCCCUGUGGGACAAGCACGCGUGCCCGGCCUAUGUGGGACCCGAGAUCCUCAGCUCGCGGGCAUCCUACUCGGGCAAGGCGGCGGACGUCUGGAGCCUGGGCGUGGCGCUCUUCACCAUGCUGGCCGGCCACUACCCCUUCCAGGACUCGGAGCCUGCCCUGCUUUUUGGCAAGAUCCGCAGGGGGACCUACGCCCUGCCCCGGGGCCUCUCCGCCCCGGCCCGCUGCCUGGUCCGCUGCCUGCUCCGCCGGGAGCCAGCUGAGCGUCUCACAGCCUCGGGGAUCCUGCUGCACCCCUGGCUGCGAGAGAACCUGACCCCCUCAGUCCCAUCCCGAGCCCACCUCUGGGAGGCUGACCAGGUGGUCCCCGAAGGGCCAGGGCUGGAGGAAGUUGAGGCAGAGGAGGGAGAAAGGGAAGUGGGCCUAUAUGGCUAGGACUACCCUACCCGACUCUCAGCUGUGAACUGUGGAUUGAGUUUGGGACGUACCCAAGCUCUCUCCUGCCUCUUUGACCCGAGAUAAACCCUAAGUGCCUUGUAGGAGGGAGAAAAGAGGAGGCAUGUUGAAGGGUGCUUCAGGCACGCCUGUGUGGUUCACACACCUGUUGGGAGCUCACCGUAUGCCUUGUUCCAGGUGCUGAGAACACAGCUGUGAACAAGAGACAGAACUCCUGCUCACAGGGCUGUCAGUCCUUUGCCAUCCCCACAGGCCAGUGUCUGCACUGGGCUGGGUACAACCAGUGCAGGUGGCGGCGUCCACUCGUGCUGGCACCCCCCACUGCUGUCCCGGACAGUCCCUUUCACAACCCACCCAGCUGCCUUCGUACGUUGCACCUCUGAGAAAGGGUAGCGUCCUGUGCCAAAGCCUUCAGGCCUCUCCCCUGCACCUGAGGCCCAGAGCCCAGGCCCUGCUGCGAAUUCCGCCCCAGCAGCUGUGUCCUCUUGGUCAGAGGAUCCUCUGUCCAGGCCUGAGCCAAGGGUCUGGGCUGGAAGAUCAAGAGUCCAAACUGUGAGGCGGGUCCUCAUCCAGCUCAAGGAGUGGUUGGGAAUGAGGGUCCAGGCCUGUCCGCCUCAGCAGCUGUGACCUGAGCCGCUGACUGGAGUUGGGGGACAGGAUUAGGUGGGGUCUGCCCCUGGCCUCCUGGAAAGUCCUAAGUCCAGGUCUGGGGACACUUGGGGUCCAGAACCCCACAUCAGCACUAUAGGUUUUGGAUGCUCCGAGUAUAUAUUUUUACCUUGUGCCUAAUAAAGGAGUUCUGGAAUACUUUUAUUUCUCC